AUGGAGAACCUUGCAGUGAAACUUUAUAUAGAAGAAGAUAAUAGAAAGGAAGAUAAACCUCCACUGGAAGUUGAAGCCAAAGAUCACGAGGAAGCCAAAUUGAAUGCACAAGGCUUGAAGAAAGCAAUCGAGAAAAACCAACAAUUGAGUGAAGAGAAUUCUCGUUUAGUGGAGCAAUGCAAGAAAAUGAAAGCCUUUAUGAACAGAGGAAAAUUGGCUCUUGAUCGAGCCAAGGAAACCCAAGUUCGUGUCCAUGAAUUGGAAGAUGAAGUUGAAGAAUUAAAAUUGGAUUUGAAAUUCUUCAAAGAUCAACACCAAAUGAACAAGUUUCAAUUUACUUCUAUGGAGGAAAUUUUGGUUGAGUCAGCUUUAUCCCAAUUAAUUGGAGAAGCAGAAUCCUCAGCUAGUGAGUUCUUGUUGGCUAAUAUUGAGAACGAUUCGUGUAGGAGAUUGCUACAUUUAUCGCGAAGUUUAGGGCCUCUGUCUCGUAGAACUCUGGCUUUGGCUGCUAAAAUAAAAUCACUUGAGAAAGAUAAUGAACAACUUCAGUUGCUACUCUGUACAGCUCAAGGGGAGGCGAAACUGUUAUCUGAUCAAAUCGGUUAUCUGUUGGAGGAGCAAACGACGUCGGAUGGUGGGAAUGGAGGAGGGAUUGGUAAACCACCAGCUGGCAGUUCCUCUCCGAAGGUGCAUGAAAGAAAAAGAGCAUUGGAAGAUUGA